AUGACGCAGGUGACUGAUGUCGGUGAUUUGGGGGAUCACCAGCCUCGUGGCCAGAGGGGCUGUCGGAGGUCUCACGGCCAGAGGUGCCUGCGAAACACCCAAGGCCAAAGCUACGAUGGUUGGCGGCUCACCUACCACGGCUAUGACUUCCUGGCCCUUCGGGCCCUGGCGGCUCGCGGCACCAUCACGGCCGUGGGGCGGCGCUUGGGCGUGGGCAAAGAGAGUGACGUGCACUACGCUCAGGGCCCUGAUGGUGAAUUGGUGGCCUUGAAGCUGCAUCGGCUCGGUCGAAUCAGCUUCCGGGCCAUCAAAGAGAAGCGCGACUACCUGAGGCACCGCGUCCAUGCGAGCUGGAUGUACAUGGCGAAGUUGGCCGCUGCCAAGGAGUUCGCAUACAUGAAGGCUUUGAAGGCGCUGAAAUCGAUCGAAUCGAUGGGAGCGAUGGAGAGAACAGCGCAGCUUCGUGCUGCUGCCUGGGCGGGCUCCGUGCUGGGCAGCGCCUUCAGAGAUGAGGGCUUCCCAGUCCCCAGCCCCAUCGAUCAGAACCGGCACGUGGUGGUGAUGUCCUUUGUGCACGCCACACCACUCUUCCAGAUCCGCAGCCUGCAACAUCCUCACCAGGUCUUGGAGCGACUCAUGCGCCUGGUAGUGAGGCUUCUUCGAGCAGGGAUCGUUCACGGAGACUUCAAUGAGUUUAACCUCAUGCUUGACCAGGAUGAGAAGAUCACUCUCAUCGACUUUCCACAGAUCGUCUACAACAACCACCCCAACGCCGAGGACGAAGAUGCCACGCCGAAAGGUGGCACCCCCCCGCAAAUCCACCCCAACACCAGAGGUGGAAGGUCCUGCGGUCGGUUGAAUCUUCGAACUCAGCUUAGAAGUUGCGUGGGAUCAACAGAAACCAUAUGA